UUUCAAAUUCCCAAUCGACGCCGAGGCCUGCGCAACAUUUUCCGCCACAGUCCGGGUGGUAAUUCCGCCACUCGACGAACGAUUCGAAGUGGAACGUCCAAAUUACGCAAAAAAGCGGCUGUCUCAUCCAAACUGGACGGAGAGGAAUCCGGUUUAGUUAAACAUGCGCUCAGUAUUGGUUCGCUAUUCUCCCGACGCACACGUCGAUCGCAACUGAAGAACGAUGUCUCCGCAACUUCCGGAUUCGAACUGCGAGAAGAGAGUGAAGAAGCUAGUACGACAGAUUCUGCGCGACCGGAUUUGGCGUACGACGGUCUGGCACUGGCCACAGCCUCCCUAGACAGUCCUGAUGGUCCUCAACGGUUGUCUCUUGGUAUCGGCUCGUCGAAGGUAACUGCACCCAUGCGUGCUCCCAUCGCUGGUGAAACAUCAUCCACAACAAGCACCAGCUCCACCAUCGCCGGCAUUGUUCAACCGCAGGCAGCCGCAUCCGGUCAAGGUCGUGAUCCGGAAUCGGGACAUCAUAUUACGUCAGCUUCACGCGGCCCAGGGCCGAGUGCAGUGAGCGAACCUAGUCUGUCCCAUGCACAACUGUUACCUCCCGUUGUACCUCGAUUGCAGUUAGAUUUGCCCACUCCUCGCGCUUUGCAUGGUACCCAAGUCAAGGCUACCGGUUCUCGAUGGCCAAACCCGGACCUGGAGCCGGAUGAUUCUGUCGGUGGAGAUGAAGUUGACCUUGGACUAGCAGACAGGCAAACCGAUUCAGGUGAGCAUCCACCUCCAUCCCCAUCUGAGUCAGUGAGAGUCAUAAUUCAUUGA